GGGAAUAAGCUCUUCUCUUCUUCAAAAACGCACCCUAUUCUUCCCUAUUUGCAUCGCAUUUGUUCUUGAAUCUCUUCGUAUUCUUAGAGAGAGAGAGAGAGAGAGAGAGAGAGAGAGAGAGAGAGAGAGGGAGAGGGAGAGAAUGUUCCAUUCUAAGAAGCCUUCUACUAUGAAUUCCCACGACAGACCCAUGUGUGUUCAAGGUGACUCUGGCCUUGUCCUCACCACUGACCCUAAGCCUCGUCUCCGAUGGACCGUUGAGCUCCAUGAACGCUUUGUCGAUGCUGUCACUCAGCUUGGAGGACCUGACAAGGCCACACCCAAAACAAUCAUGAGAGUGAUGGGCGUCAAGGGUCUUACCCUUUACCAUCUAAAGAGCCAUCUUCAGAAAUUCAGACUGGGAAAGCAGCCUCACAAGGAAUUCAACGAUCACUCCAUAAAGGAUGGUGAGAGAGCUUCGGCUUUGGAUCUUCAACGAAGUGCUGCAUCAUCAUCCGGCAUCAUUGGACGUAGUAUGAAUGAUAACUCACACAUGGUUGAUGCGAUUAGGAUGCAAAUGGAGGUGCAGAGAAGACUGCAUGAACAAUUAGAGGUGCAAAGACACCUGCAAUUACGGAUCGAAGCUCAAGGAAAGUACAUGCAAUCCAUACUAGAGAAAGCUUGUCAGACUCUAGCAGGUGAAAAUAAUAUUGCUGCUGCAGCUGCAAGCUACAAAGGUCUGGGAAAUCAUUGCGGUGCUGACAUGGGAACGAUGAAAAAUUUUGUGCCUCCUCUCAACUUCUCAUCAUUUCAAGACCUUAACAUCUAUGGAGGAGAUCAACUUGAUCAUCAUCUUCAACAAAACAUGGACAGAUCAUCAUCCCUUGAUCAUGGGUUCAUGUCAAAUGAUGAUACUCUAUGCUUAGGAAAGAAGAGGUCUAACCCUUAUUCUACUUGCAGUGGCAAAAGCCCUUUGAUCUGGGCUGAUGAUCCCAGGCUGCAAGAACCAUCAUGUCUUGGACCUCAAGAUCAUGAUCUUUUCAAGCAUUCUGCUCAUGACCAGAUGCAAAUUGCACCACCUAAUUCCAUUGAUAGAGGCGCAGAUCACUUGGAAUCCAUAUCCGAUAUUUAUGAAACCAAGCCUGUCCUCUCCGGUGAUCAUGCCAUGGCAGAUAAGAAAUUCGAAUCAACAAAGCUCGAAAGGCCAUCUCCUCAAAGGCCGUCUGAUAGGAUGAGCCCUAUGAUGAACACCGGCGGCAUGCCACAAGGCAGAAAUUCACCCUUUGGAUGAAUUGCUCCAGCUGUCUUAUUAUUGUUAGGUGUAAGUGAUUUGAUAUUUAAUCAUUACCUCCUAAGUCCUAAUCAAUUACAAGUUUCUCAUGAUUUAGGGUUUUUGAGAAUUGAAGCCUAGUAAUUUAUAUUAGGGUCUCCACUCAAAUUAGAUACGAUAAAAUUGUCAUGCAUGCCAAGCCAUGGUACUUAAUAUGUUAAUUAAUUAUUAUAUUGCUGUGUAGCUAUAUAUACUACAUUUUGCUU